UUAUGUUGAAAAUGUGUUAAUGAGUCUACCAAUACUAAUUAAAAUUUUAUUAUGAUAACGUUGAUGUUACACUGGUAUAACUAGGUAACGAAUAAGCAGGUAUCAGAGGAAAGGGAAGAUUAUUCAACUCGCGUUGAUGAAGCCAGAAAAUGCUGGAUAUAUUAUUCCGACUACUGCGUCAAUAAAGUCAGUCAUUUCAUUACAUAACACUAAAAUGUAAUGUUAUUUUUUAAAAUAAUAAAUAAGUAAAAUAAUUAUUGAAUUUUACAAAAAUGAAAAUAUACAUGAGUUGGAGGUUAGGCAUUGUGAGCUGUGGAGCAACUGUAGCUGUUGUUUUAAUUUUUUGGAAACGUUUUAAAAAUCCAUCAAUUGACAUUAAAAAAAAAUCUGAAAAUUGUGCUGUUAAAAAAUCACUGGAAGAAUCUAAAUUACCAUUAGAUAAAAAAAUUUCCAAAAAUAAUAAUGAUAAAUAUAUUGAAGAAUUGCCUGAACCAAGAUGGAUCAAAGUCGGCGAAAUAAAAGAGCUUUUUUAUUAUCCACUUAAAUCGGGUCGUGGAAAAAAUUUAAAUAAUUGUGAAUUUACAGAUUUUGGUAUAGCUGUAAAUGACGAUGGAAAGCUAACAUUAAAAGACAGAAUGUUUUUAGUUUACAAUGAAGAAAAUGGUAAAUUUAUAACAGGAAGAAAUCAUCCAACAUUGAUACUCGUUAGUUUAUCAGCUGUUGAUAAUAAAAGAGUUAAAUUAGAAGCUGUUGGAAUGCAAUCAUUAACAUUUGAAUUAUUACCAGAAAAUAGCAAAAAUAUUGAUGAAAAUAUUGAGUGCAGUAUGUGGUGGGGUGAAAAAGUUAAAUGCAUUGAUUGCGGUGAUGCUCCAGCUGAAUGGAUAUCAAGAUUUCUUACUGGUACUGAUUCGGGUUUGAGAAUUGGCUUGGCACCAUCAGAGAGAUGUAGAGAUUUAUCAAAUGGUCCAUGGGAACGUUUUACAAAAGUUUAUGAUACACUGAGAAAUGAAGACACUGGAUAUUUUUCAGAUUUGACAAGCUACAUGUUGAUGACUGAAUCUUCAUUGGAUGAAUUAAAUAGUCGACUUGAAAAUCCAACAUUGUCUCUUCAAUAUCGUCCAAAUAUUGUUGUCAGUGGAACUGAAGCUUUUGAUGAAGACGAGUGGGAAUGGAUUAAAAUAGGCGAUGAUGUUGUCAUUAGAAAUGUCAAGCCUUGUCCACGUUGUAAAAUGAUCAAAAUAAAUCCUGAAACAGCUGAAGUCAACCCAAAAGAACCAUUUGAAACUCUGCAAUCAUUCAGAGCUCAAACAGAUAAAAAUAAAAUUAAAGUUGAUGGUAAAGCUCCAUUGUUAGGAAUUUAUUGUGGCUUAUAUUUACCUGGAAAUGUCAAAAUUGGAGAUGACGUUUUUAUUCAUUCAUCAAAAACAGUAUGCACAACAAGUGUUUGAUAAAAAAAAAAAAGCAAAAAAAAUCCAUAUUAUUAUUAAA